ACCUCUUGCGGUCGGCUACUGCAAAUCAUUCCGCGAACAUUUGGCUUUCUGCUCACAUGGUUUAGACAACUACGGUGGAAAGAAGCCAUAUUCGUCACAGAUAGCAGUUCUAAGGAUGACGUAAAAACGACCGUAGGGCGAUCGCUUUUGAAGAGAAGUCUUCGUUAUGGAACUCGACUAGCUUUGAAAACCGUUCCUGAGGGACUGGAAGCAGCAAUCAGCCGAACUAUGAUUAGGCAGGAGGCUGUUCCACAACAAUAUAACACGGUUAUGACACGGAACACCACUGGUAUAACGUCGGCUUGUCCUUGGUUUCAAAAUUCAACCUUAACUUUGCUUCGAGACUUCGUUUGGGAAGAAUCUUGGCUGACGGGACGGCCUCUGAAAGUGAUCGCCUUGGGGAAUCGCUUCACAGCUACCGCUCUGCUAUGCAUGAUCUCGAGUCUGGGGAGAGAGGGAAAUUCCUCUUCUCGAGAGUGGCUCAUCGUGACGCCUUCUGACGCUGUCGUCUCAGCCUCCAGCUCCCACACUCCCGGCAACGCCGUGUACCUCGCACAGGAUGAGCUGAACCUGAAAUCGCUGCUGUCAGAAAACAUCGAUACUGCCAGGAGACUGUCUGAAUCUGCUGCCCUGUCCUGUCACUCCAGCUCAGCCCAGUACAUCAUUACGCAAAAAAAUGAAGCUGUCUUCCGACCCAUUGAAGUGCGAGUCCGCCCUCCAGACUUCGCUGCUAUAUCUCAGCCGUCGAAUCAUUCUUCAACCAACUAUCUACCAUCAAGACCAGCCAUGGUAGCAGCGUAUUCCUGGUACCCCGUACACAGUACUCAGUCUGGGCUCGUGCAUGGUAGCCUCGUUAAGUACUCCUCCAAGCCGUACUACCAGCUGCAAGGAAUGCAUCUCACGAUGGCAACCGUCAACAGUUGGCCGUUCAUGGGGAGCGAGAAGCUGCCUCCCGCCAGUCAGGCCGAGCAGACAUGUCCAAAAUACGUGAACCACACAGGCUUUCUCGUCGACAUCAUGAACAUGCUGAGUCAGCAAAUGAACUUCACAUACUCUAUUUACAACGUAUGCGACGGUAACUUUGGGUCCCAGCUACCUAAUGGGUCAUGGACGGGUAUCCUGAGGGAGGUGCUGGAGGGGCGGGCCCACGUCGGUCUUGGCAACAUCGGCUACAGCGUCGCUAGGAAACGCGCGGUUGACUUCUCUGCCGUGGCAAUAACUUACGCUGGCGCCGGCAUUCUGGUAAAGGAAGGCACUUCACACAGCAACAUGUUCGGGGUGUACCUGCAACCUUUCAACAAGAACGUGUGGUUCUGCACACUCUCUGUCAUACCAGUGACUGCGCUGUUCCUCUGUAUCACUUCCAAGUUCAGGUAUGCUGACUGCGAUGCGACUUAUUGUGUGUGA